AUGAAGACGACGAUCGAUUGGCUUCCGAUAUUGACUCUGAGUCGGGAUCGGAGUCGGGGUUGGGGGAAUUCAGUUUGUUCUUCAGAUGAUGUAAGCCUUUCGCUUCCCACUUCCUCGAUUGAGCGUUGGGUAGCUCGCAGUCUCCUCAGAGAAGGAGUUUUCGGGUUGAUGGCCGUUUUUUUCCCAUGCCAUUCAAUGUGUUCGUAUAAAUUCAUACUUCAGAUCACAGUUUCAAAUAGAUCCCUUAUUUUAUACCAAAAGCAUGGAAGUAAUAGUCUAUUGGCAAAUUUAUACCAAAAGCUGGGUGGAAUUGGAAAAGAUGGGGGUACAUAUAAAAAACCCACCAAAGGGCUUGUAGCCCAGCGGUAUCAGGUGGUGCCCUUACUCUUUGAGGUCGAGGGUUCAAGUCUCGUCGUGGACAUAGGUGGAAUAGGUGUUGUUAGCUUAGAAGUACAUAAGAUUUGCCGAGUUAGAUACAUCAUGUACCGACGACGACGGCGGUGGCGAUAUCUGAUACGAGGAGGUGCUGGUGGUCGUAGUCUUCGCAGAGAAGAAGCAAGAGGUGUUGGAGGAGAUCGUGAUGGUUUGAAAAUCACAAACUUGGAUCUGAACGUCAAGAAUAGUGAAGAGGGCAGUAGAACAACGACGAUCGAAAGAGGUGAAGGCAUUCUUUCAGAAGCGAUAAUGUUGCCGGUGGUAGUGGUAUUGGUGGGGGUAAUGCAGGCGUUCGAAUUUAUAAUAUCUGAUUCAUAA